CGGACAAUCUUAACCAAGCAUCGCCGUUCCCACAAGUCAGCUCGUCGCCGCCCAGAUGCAUCGUGCCGCUGUCAGGGCGUUCCGGACAAGUCACCGCCCCAGCGUGCGAAGCCAAGUGCGGAACCAAGGACGACAUCACCUCAAUCAGAUUCGCCAGUCCAGCACCUCCCAUGUGCCUCUGAGAUCGUCCAUGUACUUCCGUCGUCUGCCCGUCGCGCUGGCCUCUGGUCUGAUCCUUGGAUACGGCGCCUGGCACUACAACGGCGCCGACUUUGUCCCCGGCAGCGCCGUCACUCGAAGCUUCACCAACACGCAGGCGGCCGAUGCCGCGCCGACGCGCACCGUCUUGGUUGUCGGAGCCGACGAGCUGAGACAGGGCACCAUCGUUGGCGAGGGGCCGCUGUACAAGUCGUCGACCGAGGACGGCCGCAGGAUCGUCGAGAUGCUGACGCCCGACCAGGCCACGGCCAAGCUGCGCCGCCAGGAACAGUCUUUUUAUGUCAAUCGCGGCCAGGGCGUCACGCGCUACGACCUUGUCCAGCUGGGGAGCAACGAUCCCAUUGAGGACGACCACGCCGAGAAGAUUGUCGAGGUGCCCAACCGGGCCGCCGAGGAGCAAGUUAGCAGCAGCGACUGGAUGUUCUGGGGAGUUUUCGAUGGUCACUCCGGCUGGACGACAUCAGCGACGUUGCGAGAAAGCCUCAUUAGCUACGUGGCUCGAGAAUUAAACAGUACCUACAAGGCCGCCUCCAACGCGGCACCGGCCCCCGAAGCCAUUGACUCGGCUAUCAAGGCCGGCUUCACCCGCCUCGACAAUGAGAUUGUCCAUAAAAGCGUCGAAAAGGUCUUCAAGGCUAGCUCCAAGGCCGUGGCUGCUGAGCUGCUGCAGCCUGCCUUGUCUGGCUCUUGCGCCUUGCUAUCCUUCUAUGACAGCAGGAGUAAAUUGCUGCGUGUUGCAUGCACAGGCGACUCUCGUGCCGUCUUAGGACGUCGAACAAAAUCCGGCAAAUGGAUAGCCACGGCUCUCUCCGAGGACCAGACAGGAGGCAACCCUAGUGAAGUUGCUCGCAUGCGCAUGGAGCAUCCCGGCGAGGAGCACGUCAUCCGAAAUGGCCGUGUCUUGGGUGGCCUGGAGCCAACCCGUGCCUUUGGUGAUGCCGUCUACAAAUGGAGCCGCGAUGUCGCUGGAAGACUCCGCGAGAACUUUUUCGGCCGGAGUCCCUCUCCCUUGCUAAAAACCCCUCCCUACGUCACAGCGGAACCCAUUGUCACAACGACCAAGAUCGAGCCUGAGAACGGCGACUUUGUUGUGCUUGCUACAGAUGGACUAUGGGAAAUGUUGACCAACGAGGAGGUUGUGGGCCUUGUGGGCCAGUGGAUCGAGACACAGAAGACGGGGAGGCCAAGCUCGCAGUUUGAUAGGGCAUGGUCCAAAGUCUUUGGCUCGCAGAGCAAGCCGCUUCCCGUAGAACAAGGCAGAGAAGCAAUUGGGUUUGAUGGAAAGACACCAAUUCGCGUUCAGCAGUGGGGAAUCGACCCCGAAGCAAGAGACCGCUUUGUCGUCAGAGACAAGAACGUUGCCACUCAUCUUGUCCGCAACGCUCUUGGCGGAGCCAAUGACGAGCAAGUUUGUGCUCUCCUAACUUUGCCAUCGCCCUUUUCAAGGCGAUAUCGCGAUGAUUUGACUGUUCAGGUCAUUUUCUUUGGUCAAGGUGACAAGACAAGCGACAAGACCGGUGAUGUCACAGUCAACUUAGAUGCAACAACAGAUCAAGACCCUAGAGCUAGGCUUUAGAAGUAUUGGCUUAAGUUUCUACCAUGAGCGGCGGUAACGGCAUUGCUAGCUGUACAAAUAUUUGGACGAUUGAAUGAACUAAGGUUGAUUUUCAAUUUCUUCGGUGCUCGGUGGCAGCAGCGAAUGAGAUAAACUUCAUCCGGCAAAGAAGACUACGAAGACAUUGAGCCCAGGGGAAGUACUUUCCACCAAAGGAUAUGUGUGCUCCCCCCAUUUGCUGCAUUCUUUUGCUACUUUUUUCUCGCAAACCGUUUGCUGCGGUGUAUUUGAGUAGGGCAGCGUUGUUGUAAGGCAUGGCGUACGGUUUCUAGAGAAGGGGGCAGGGUGAGGUGGUAAAGGGAAUGGAAAACUUGACGGUGUAGGAAGGGACGAUUUAUUGCUGGCGAUCCGAGACACGGUGUUGGGGAGUGUAUUAUUUGUUUGCUAUAGUAUCUAAUUGUUUAGUGAUUUUUCAUCG